GGAAAUGGGCGGGGCGGACAUGGGAGGAUCCGUGAAGCGAGCGACGAUCGAUGCUGUCGCAGGCGCUGUAGCUGGAGGAAUCUCCAGGACGAUCGUGGCGCCGCUCGAUGUGAUCAAAAUCCGGUUCCAGGUCCAGCUAGAGCCGACGAGCCGGCGAUUGAGCCAAGGAUCUUCAUCCUUUCCAGGCGGUGUCUCGAAAUACACGGGCAUCGCACAGGCUAUGCGAGACAUUUUCCGCGAGGAAGGGAUCCCGGGCCUAUGGAGGGGAAAUGUUCCAGCUUUGUUGUUAGUCAUGCCGUACACUGCUAUACAGUUCGUCGCGCUGCAAGGAUUUCGAUCCACUUUCUCCAAGGGAGGUGAUGUUAGUCCCGUCCUGUCGUACGUGAGUGGAGCUGCUGCGGGGUGUGCUGCAACUAUUGGAUCCUAUCCUUUUGAUCUUCUACGUACGAUUCUCGCUUCGCAAGGUGAACCAAAGAUUUAUCGUUCUAUGAGACACGCAUUCGUAGAUAUACUACAAACAAGAGGAUUUCGAGGCCUCUACGCCGGACUAACUCCUUCCCUGGUUGAAAUCAUACCUUAUGCCGGGCUCCAAUUCGGCUCGUAUGACACCUUCAAGCGAUGGGCACAUCGUCUGGAUCAGUGGAGGGGUGUAGACCGCCCGGAGCUUUCAGGCAUGCAACACUUUUGGUGUGGUCUAGCUGCGGGUACGUUCUCCAAGACGUGCUGCCAUCCACUAGACGUUGUCAAGAAGCGAUUCCAGGUGGAAGGCCUAGCUCGUCACCCACGCUACGGUGCUAGAAUAGAACUCAAGGCCUACAAAAGCAUGGUCGACGCGAUCCGCCGGAUUGUACAGCAAGAAGGCCUGGCCGGGCUCUACAAGGGGACUUAUCCGUCAGUUAUAAAAGCUGCGCCAGCCGCUGCCAUCACAUUCGUCGUUUACGAGAAGGCUUCAAAAUGGCUAGAGCUACGGUGGUGACGAGGUGAUAUCUACCUUCUAUCACUCACAUAUAUGGUUUUAAUUUCUCGUCAAGCACAGUGACAGGGAAAGCACGCACACCACCACCUCUGACACUGGUGGUUCGUGAAUCCAUCGCUCGAGAGCUGCUAUAACUUCAUCGAUUUUCCUUCAUCUAGCAGAUUCCUUUUGUUCUUCCCGAGAGAGGGGGAGAAUUUUUGUGGAAUUCAACACCGGGACGCUUGUCUCCUCGGGGCUUGUAAUGUAAAGAUGAGCUCGCACUUUCACAGAAAUGGGGCUUGUAAGUUAAGGUUUUUGAUUGCACAUGGCCCAUCUGGAAUCCAGCUUUUGGUUCUUGUGAGGAAAA